GGUUUCCCAGGAGACCGGGCGGAAGCGGGCGGAAGCCGCCCCGCGCGGAGAGCGGCUGCAGCAUGGCGACGCUGGGGGUGGAGUCGGAGGAGGAAGGCGGCGGCGACGAGGAAGAGGACGAGGCUUGGGCCAUGGAGCUGGCGGACGCGGAGGCGGCCGGCGGCUCGCAGGUUCAUGAUCAAGUGGUCCCAACUCGAACUUCUUCAUUCAGAAUCAUAGUCCACGUGGAUUUGGAUUGCUUUUAUGCACAGGUAGAAAUGAUCUCAAAUCCAGAAUUAAAGGACAAGCCUUUAGGGGUCCAACAGAAAUAUUUAGUGGUUACCUGCAACUAUGAAGCUAGGAAACUUGGAGUUAAGAAACUUAUGACUGUCAAGGAUGCAAAGGAAAAGUGUCCACAGCUGGUGUUAGUUAAUGGAGAAGACUUGACCCGUUACAGAGAAAUGUCAUAUAAGGUUACAGAAUUGCUGGAAGAAUUUAGUCCAGUUGUUGAGAGACUUGGAUUUGAUGAAAAUUUUGUGGAUCUGACAGAAAUAGUUGAGAAGAGAUUACAGCAGCUUCCAAGUGAUGAACUUUCUGCAGCGACUGUGUCGGGUCAUGUGUACAAUAAUCAACCUGUAAACCUGCAUGAUGUCCUGCACAUCAGACUACUUGUUGGGUCUCAAAUUGCAGCAGAGAUGCGGGAAGCCAUGUACAAUCAGUUGGGACUCACCGGCUGUGCUGGAGUGGCUUCUAAUAAACUACUGGCAAAAUUAGUCUCUGGCGUCUUUAAGCCAAAUCAACAAACUGUCUUAUUACCUGAGAGUUGUCAAGAUCUCAUGCAUAGUUUGAACCACAUAAAGGAAAUGCCUGGUGUUGGCUAUAAAACUACUAAACGUCUUGAAGCACUGGGCAUCACUAGUGUGCAUGAUCUCCAAACCUUUUCAUCUAAAAUAUUAGAAAAGGAAUUAGGAAUUUCAGUUGCUCAGCGUAUCCAGAAGCUCAGUUUUGGAGAAGAUAACUCUCCUGUGAUACCCUCAGGGCCACCUCAGUCCUUUAGUGAAGAAGAUUCAUUUAAAAAAUGUUCAUCUGAAGUUGAAGUCAGAAAAAAGAUUGAAGAACUGCUUACUAGUCUUUUGAACAGAGUAUGCCAAGAUGGAAGGAAGCCCCAUACAAUAAGAUUAAUAAUUCGUCGGUUUUCAUCUGGGAAGCUCUGUGGUCGUGAGAGUCGACAGUGCCCUAUCCCAUCUCAUGUAAUUCAGAAGUUAGGGACAGGAAGUAAUGAUGUGAUGACUCCUAUGGUUGAUAUACUUAUGAAACUUUUUCGAAAUAUGGUGAAUGUGAAGAUGCCAUUUCACCUUACCCUUCUAAGUGUGUGCUUCUGCAACCUUAAAGAACUAAGUAGCGCGAAGAAAGGGCCUAUGGAUCGUUACUUAACACCAUCAUUAGCAACCACACGCCCUGGCAAGCGCAGUUUUGGACCAGGAAUUGAGAAGCUGCUGGUGCCUCUUAUGUUGAUGCACCGCCUUCUGGCACACAAGGAUCUGAAACUCCAUGGGACAAGAGAGAACCAAGAGAUGUCAUCCAAGUCCAAAAAGAAAAAAAAUUGCCAACCCAGAAUAUUUUACCCAGUGAAGCUCUCAUUCAUAAAUGAAGGUGAAAUAAAGAUCUUUAAAGACAAGAAAAAAUUGAAAGAAUUUGUCACCAUCAGGCCAGCCUUACAAAUGAUACUUAAGGAUGUACUACACACAGAAACAGAAAAAGACAUUCAGCAUGAUGAGAGAAUGUGAAGGCACACAACCUCCUGUUAACAGAACAAGGGAGACUGAAAAUAAACAAUAGGAAUAUUCAUGGAAAAAUGGCAGGACCAGGUCAUGUCUUACCAAUAAGAACCAUGAAUGUAAAUGAACUAAAUUUACCAAUUAGAAGAUACAGACUGAUUGAAAGGCUGAAAAAACAAGAUCUACCUAUAUGCAGCCUAUAAGAAACAUACUUUACCAAUAAAGAUACACACAGACUCAAAGUGAAAGGAUGGAAAAAGAUAUUCAAUGAAAUGGUAAUCAAAACAUAGUAGAAAUAGCUAUUCUCAUAUCAGACAAAAAUGGAAUUGAAGACAAAAAUGGUUAAAAGAGACAAAGGAGGUCAUUAUAAUUAAGAGAUCAUUUAACAAGAACACAUGACUAUAGUAAAUAUACAUGCACCCAAUGCCAGGGCAUCCAGUUUAUAACACAAAUGUCAAUGGAUCUAAAGGGAGACAUAACCCAGUAUAAUAAUAAUGGGGGACUUCAACACCCCACUUUCAUCACUGGACAGAUCAAGCAGACAAAAACUCAAUAAAUAUCAGAACUAAUCUACGCUACAGAUAUAGACCCAAUACAUGCAUAUAGAAUAUUUCAUCUCACAAAUGCAGAAUACACAUUCUUUUCAUCCGUGCAUGGAAAAUCCUCUAGGAUAGAUCAUACACUAGGCCAUAAAGCAGUCUUAAUGAAUUAAAAAAAAUUGAAAUCCUAUCAUGUAAUAAAUAGAGCAGUAGGGGGCUGGCUGCAGCCCUGCACCUUCUGGGCAUGUGGCCCUUGGGCCACCCACCCCAUGCUUCCUGGCCUAGAUGCUCCUCCACAGGGCUGGUUCCUGGUACUCGGUAUGAACACAGAUUUACCUCUCUCCUUUAGACAGGGACCUCACUCUCCCAUGCAUCUUUCUCACUGAAUAAAAGCUUAAAAUGUAAAAAAAAAAAAAAAAA